AUGGAAACGGAGCUCAAGGAGCCAAAUCAAAUUACCAGACCAGGAGCACUCUCCGGACCUGGUCGAGAUAUCCCCAGACACACGUAUCCCAUUAAACAGGUCCAAAUCGAAUCUCCGGACGUCCGAGCAGACGUACAGGAUGUCGACUAUAUCGAGGAAAAUGUACAGUCUCGUGUAUCGAAACCACUUUGGGCAUUGAUCGUCCUGACCAUCCUUUCCUCCACCUUUCUCUUCUCACUUGACAAUACCAUAGUUGCAGAUGUGCAGUAUCCAAUCGUUGAACGGUUUGGGGAGGUGGGCAAAAUGAGUUGGCUCGGGGUAGCUUUCGUUCUAUCAGGCUCGGCCACCAUCAUCGCCUGGGGUAAACUAUUCGGCAUCUUCAGCGCCAAAUUCCUAUACCUGUUCUCCGUUGUGAUGUUUGAGGUGGGAAGUGCAGUCUGUGGUGCAGCUCCAUCAAUGAAUGCGAUGAUUGUUGGUCGUGCUGUCGCUGGUCUCGGGGGUGCUGGGAUGUAUUUGGGCUGCUUGACAUUGCUCUCGAUCACUUCAUCAGUCCGCCAGAGACCGCAGUAUAUGGCUCUCACAGGAAUUACAUGGGGCCUUGGGACCGUUUUGGGGCCUGUGGUCGGUGGCGCAUUUGCCCAGAAUCGACAUGCGACUUGGCGUUGGUCGUUCUAUAUCAACCUCUGCAUUGGAGCAGCCUUUUCUCCAAUCUAUAUUUUCUGUCUACCUCGUGGUGACCCCCAGAAAGUCACGAGCUUCCGACAUAAGCUCUUACAGAUCGAUUAUCUGGGAAUGGUCUUGAAUGUCGGAGCUUUUACAGCCCUGAUCAUGGCCAUCAAUUUCGGAGGGAAUAUUUUUGCGUGGGAUUCUGGUCGAGAAAUCGCGCUAUGGGUGGUAGGAAGCGUGGUCCUACUACUCUUCAUUUUACAGCAGGCCUUCAGUGUCGGUACUAUGGAGACCGAAAGAGUGUUUCCAGUGGACUUUCUGACGAUGCCUUUGAUGUGGCUUCUGUUUUGUCUUAUGUGCUGUGCUGCUACAUGCGUGUUUGUGCCGACAUACUACAUACCACUGCACUUCCAGUUUGUCCGAGGAGAUUCACCUUUAGGGGCAGCAGUUGGACUGCUCCCGUUUAUAUUUCCUAUGGUAUUUUGUGGCUUGGCUAAUGGUGCUGCUAUGACAAAACUGGGUUACUUUAUGCCAUGGUAUUUAGUGGGAGGGGUUCUGACUGCGCUUGGAGGUGGCUUGAUGACGACUGUCAACGAGAACACUUCUACGACACAUAUCUAUGGAUAUUCGGCAUUGAUAGGUAUCGGCGCUGGAAUGUAUAUACAGACGGGGUUCUCAGUGGCCCAGGCUAAAGUAGCCUCGUCGCGCACAUCCGAUGCAGCCUCCUUUAUUGCUCUGGCACAGAACCUCGGAAUCACUCUCGCUUUGGCCAUUUCCGGUGCCGUUUUUGAGAACCAGGCCCUUGACGGCCUGCAGACUCUGAUACCCCAGUAUCCUCGAGAGACACUUCGCGGAGCAAUCCUCGGCCCAAGCAGUGGUCUGCUGAAACAGCUACCGGAGACAGUUCGCAAAGAAGCACUGCAUUUAAUCGUCAAAUCAAUGUCUCACACCUAUUAUCUUGUUGUGGUUGCGGGGUGCCUGGCUGCUGUGGGAUCUCUUUUCAUGAAGAGAGAACGCAUCUUUAUCCAAGCUGCCAGUAUGGGCUAA